AUGGCUGAUCCUUUGAUAGCUUUGGCUGGUUGUCUAGUGGCUGCACUUCUCUUUCUUAUGUUGAUUGGCCUGACAGUCUAUCUCUUGUGGAAGAGGAGACAGGACCAGAGGCAACACCACCAACUGAUCAGCACAAACCCAACCAUUCCAUCAUGUAGCCCUGUAUUCCAGAUGCCACAAAGUAGCAGCUAUGGCUCGGCUGAAGUUCCCUUCUUUCUCCCUCCACGCUUCAAGAAUUCAUCCCAUGCAGGAGCGACAGAAGGGAGGGAGGAAAAUGAAGAACAGAGGGAGAACUACCAACACUAUACACAGCGCGGCUCUCUGACAGUAGGCAGUUGGUUCCCCCUGGGCAGCCUGAGACCAGACCUGUACCGGCUGCCCUCGGAGCCCAGCGAGUGGGCCCAGCCCAGUGGUUGCACCGUGCGCCUCUGCUUUGCUGUGCAGUACCAGCAGGAACAGGAGCAGCUGGUGGUCUCCUUGCUCCAGGCUGCCAACUUGCCCGCCCACUGCCAAGGCAAUGCCACACUGGUCAAGCUGCAGCUCCUGCCGUCUGAUGACCGACGCCACUGUCAGGCCAAGGCCCAAAGCAAAGGCUGCCAGCCCCAGUUUAAUGACAGCUUUGUGUUUCAGGUGUCUUCUAACAGCAUAGAGCAGUGCACCCUAAGCCUAAGCAUGUACAGUGUAGACCGACUCAGAAAGCACCAUAUGGUGGGCCGUAUUCUCUUCCCUCUCAGACACUACGAACUGAAAGAGGCAUCAGGCAAAGUCCUAUGGAGGGACCUGGAGAGUGAAAGUGAACUGCUGCUUUCAAAGCACGGAGAUAUCCAGGUGUCUCUAAACUACAACCAGUCUCUACAACGCCUCACUGUGGUUGUGCUUAGAGCUCGAGGACUCCAGUACCUCAGCAAUGCUGGUGUUUGUGUCCAGGUCUCUCUGCAAAUACAUACGCAGGUGGUGAAGACAAAGUGGACUUCAGUAGCCAAAGGCAGUGAGCCCACUUUUAAUGAAAAGAUGACUUUUCGGCUCCUCCCUCUGCACCUUGAUGCAGCAUGCCUGAGCUUGGAGCUUCAGCAGUCAGUCCCACAGGAGUCUGACCGAUGUCAACCAAGCACCAGCACCCACGCCACAUUGUCUCUUGGAGUAGUGGUGAUUGGACCAUUCAUGUAUGCCAGAGGCAAAGCACUGGAGCACUGGAAUGAGAUGGUCAGUAAGUCACAGGAGCUGGUCAAGCAGUGGCAUGGACUGGGAUUGGCCCAUACCAUUCAGAACCCAUCCUGA